UCCGUUGAGUACCGAGAGAGAGUGAUAGGUAGGUGGAAGAGAAGAUGGAACAGACGGAGAAAGAAACGAUCAGGGAAGCAUCAGAGGAGAUAUCGAAUGAAUUCAAAACACUAAUCGAUGCUCAGGACUUGGAUUCCCUCAAACAAUUGCAGCACAUCGUAUUGGGGAGGUUGCAAGAUGGAAAUGCAGUCCUGUCACACUUUAAUGAGUUUUCAGAGAACUGUUUUGCUGAGGUUUCUGCAGAUUUCUCCAGAAACACACGCCGUUUAAAGUCUAUGAAGACUGAUCUUGAAUACAUAUUUCAGAAGUUAAGGAGCAUGAAGUCAAGGAUUUUGGCUACCUAUCCAGAUGCAUUUCCAGAUGACUCGAAACAAGUACUCGAUCAAAGGCCGGACCUUGAAAUGCCUCUGUGAAACUAGACAACAUCUUAUUCAUGCCGUCUUGAAAGAACACGUUAAUGGUUUGUUAUGGAAGUGUUCCGGGGUUAAGCCUGACAGCGAGUGCGUUGGAGAUCUCAUGGUCUGUUUUUCCACGUAUUUAUAGCUUGCAGAGCUUUUCCUUGGAGGCGUUUGGCGCACAUAGAACAAUCGUCUAACUCCAUCCUUGUAUGCUUUUCCUGUUUUCCAUGUAGCUUUUCCUGUUUUCCAUGUAAACAAUCUGAAGUUAAUACAUAGGAUACAACAUACUUGAAAAUCCUUUGUUUGUAGAUUGUGUAUGAGAGUCAGGGUUGCUCAGCUCGAUGAGCAGGAAUGUACUCGAGCUGUCAUCAAGCCGAGUACAUUAUAAAAAACUAGAGUGAGAAUUUAUA